UCCGGGAUACUGUUGAGAUAAUGGCAGGCGUCACGUUUCCUCUUCAUCACGCCGUGUGGGCUGACAAUGUGGAGCUUUUGGAACAGCUAAUACAACAACACACAAGCGAAAUCGAGACGAAAGAUCCACGAGGACGCACACCUCUUCACUUGGCCGCCGCCUUGGGACGAAUACAGUGUGCUCGCAUACUACUAGCCAACAAUGCCAAUCCACUGGCCGAGAACGGAGCUCAUUAUUCAGUAUUGAACGAGGCGGUCAGUACGAGCAAGCCGGAAAUGGUGGAGAUUAUCUUGCAGGCGCGAGAUUUUCAUCAGAGUAGACGAUCAUCAUCAAUGAUUCCUCGUCUAUUGGAGGCUGUACAGAGAAGCACGGAUUUUUAUGUCGAAAUGAAAUGGGAGUUUACGAGUUGGAUACCGUUUCUGUCUCAUAUGUGUCCGAGUGAUACGUACAAAAUAUGGAAGAAAGGUGCCAACGUGAGAGUAGACACCACGUUGAUCGGCUUUGAUAACAUGUCAUGGAUACGAGGCAACAGGAGAUUUGUGUUCAAAGGUGGAAUCGUUACAGACGAAGAGGCCGUGUUUAUGGAAAUCGAUCUCGACAAGGAAAUCGUAAACAGAGAGGAAAUACAAAUGAGUGCACGUCUUGAUCCUGUAGUUGCUGCUGCUCCGCGUCCUCGUGCUGUCAAGUCUCUUCUCUCAAAGCCGAAUGUAUCGACAAUAUUUCCAACAGAGAGUAUUGCAUUUUCUCGCUGUAAGUCCGGACUUCCUGGUUUUCGUAUUGAUCGUGUAGACACUGUGUGUGGCUACACAACUAAGGUGUUUUCAGCAUUGAAUGUUGAGUUUAUAACAAGAACGAGAACGGACCACUUGUCAGAAUCAGACAAGAAGAAAAUUAAAGGAAGUGGUGGAUUUCAAAAGUUAUUUGGCAUCAGCAAUGACGGCAACGAGUCAGAUGAGACCGGAGGGUCAGAGAGAGCAAGAGACAAUAAUUUGUCUCAAGAGCCUCCUUUCUUUGAGUCGAAUCCAAAGCAGCUGUCAGAGGACAACUAUUUCAAUCCGCCAAUAAAAUUUAAACGUGGAGAUCAUGAUAUUGGACGUGAACCCGAAGUGAAUGUUUCGUCUCAAAAGUUCAAGGCAACGCUGUGGAUGGCUGAAGAUUUUCCCUUGUCACUUCAUGACCAAAUCAUGCCGAUUAUUGAGCUUCUGGCGGCAAAUAUCAGUCACUUCGCUCGUUUGCGAGAUUUUGUUCAACUUCAUCUUCCUGGUGGAUUUCCUGUUAAAAUCGAGAUUCCGUUAUUUCAUGUCCUCAAUGCAAGCAUCACGUUCACCAACAUCAAUGGAAGUGAAACGAGUGUAGAUGGUGUUCGACUCGAGCCGUGUCUUGUCUCUGAUGAAACGGUUGUAGCACAAGAUGGCGGCCGACAUGAAGACUAUGGUAUUGCACCAUCUGACAAGAUAGUUAGAAAUAGAAGAGGAGGCAAUUCUGGACACGACAGACAACCUUUGGUGCAAACAGUGAACGAAUGUCCAAAUGACAGCCGUGCAAAGUGUGUUAUCGAUAUGGACGUAUUCGAAAUUCCUAGCGGCCUCGCUGUCGGUGCUCUAGCUACUCAGUCAGGAUUCGACAACCAAGACGAAUGUCUACAAUUUGCCAUACAGCAGAGUUUAUUGGAAAGCAGCAAAAUGGACAACCUCCAAGACACCGAACAAACGUCACUAAGUGAAGACGAUGCACUGCAAAGAGUUAUUCAACAGAGCAUGUCAAUGUCGACACGUUCGGUGCCAUCUAGAGCAGCAGCUGUAGACAGCGAUCUAUGUCUGGCUCUUCAGUUGUCACUACAGACGAGUGAUGAAGAAGAAAGACGGAGAAAGCAAGAGGAAGAAGAACUACAAAUGGUACUAAAAAUGUCAAUGGCACAGCAGUAGACACAUAAAUGCAAACCUAGUCAGAUACGUGACGUACUACUAGCAUAGACUUACGAAGUACAUGACAUAAACGUAAAUGUUGUGGGUCGGUCAUCACAAUCAUGGUGGCAAUUGCC